AUGUCUUCCGGCCUAGAUAACAAAGACUAUGAAGGGGAUUCAUUCCAUGACUCCUCGGAAGUCCCGAAUGCCAAUAAUAACCUCACCCUCUCGAUCCCCCAGAGCGCUUCCACUCGAUCGUUAACCGAUAGCCCCCCGAGUGGUACUGCCACAACGCCGCAGUUCACGGACGCCCCUCAGAUCCCACGAACCCCGGAUGAGGAUCACAAGACUGAAGACGAGUUCCACGAGGCCGGCACAGACGAACAGUCUGAAGCAGAGGCAACUCCUCGCAAACAGAAGCUACAAAAGUCUCCAUUGUUGACAGCGCAUCGGCUCUCCACCUCGUCUCUUGACGAGGUGAACUUGACUGGCACUCAGAACCCAGAUGGUCCUCUUGACAUGUCUGCACCAAACCAGGAGGCCGGCAUAGGAUCUCCGCCCGCAUUACCUUCCCGAGACUCCACAUCAACGCAGAGCUCUCUUCUACAAGGGUUUUCCGGCAACCUCCCCUCCGUGCCAUGGGCCCCUCCACCGCAAAACAAGAAUCAACCCCCCGCGGCACCUCCGCCGCCUCCAACUAGAAGAAUUACAAGCCCCUUUGCCUGGCUUUCUCGGGCUUCAACGGGAAGCAAGGACGCUGUGCAAACUGGACGACGGAACACUGCUGCUUCCAUCUCGACGAUCGGUAGCAAUCCUGAAAUUGCGGGCCGAUUGCAGGAUGCAGAACCGGACGGCUCGAGUGUGGGCUCUAGAAAACCACAGCGAAAUAGCUUAAAGGACCAGUUCAAACUGCUUAGGAUGCGCGAGGAAGGACAUGGUCCAGAGAUUGACGAGGCAAGUGUUGCGUCCGGGCGAACAUCGGGACGCGCGAGCGUCAGCCACUCAGUCACGAGCCCUCCUAGUAUUCCGGAGGAAGGAGAGAAUGAUGCCACGGCUGCGCUUCCAGCAGCUUCGCCCUUAACACCGCCGACCUCAACUGUCAACCCGAAUCUUCCGCCAGGGACUGUUUCGGGGGUUUCAGCAUCCGCGAGUGAUGCCGCUGCGCCUGUGGACUGGGAAUUAUGGCAGCAACUCGUAAAUGAUGGGCCUCAGGUUCUGAAAGGCAGAAACUCAGAGGAGCUGAAUGGUGCUAUCAAACGUGGAAUCCCGCAGACCAUUCGAGGCGUCAUCUGGCAGAUUCUGGCUGACAGUAGAAACCUGGAACUAGAAGAGGUUUAUAGGGAGCUUGUUGCACGAGGUACGGACAAGGAAAAGCCGCGGGCAAAUGGCUUGACCAACGGAAGCGUAGAGAAAGACUCAACAGCAUCUUCGCGUUCAUCUAUUCGUUCAGAGCGAUCUCUUUCUGCGGCCCCUUCGAACCAUAGUCCUUCUAUUAGCCCUUCGCAGGAACAGGACCCUGAGAAGCUCGCCAAAGAGCAGGCUGCGCAUGAAACGGCUAGAAAGCAGAAGGCGAAGGAGGAAGCGGCGGCGCUUCAGAAACUUGAGAAGACCAUUCGACGUGACUUGGGAGCACGGACGAGCUACUCGCGUUACUUUGUCUCCCAGGGUAAUCAGGAGGGACUUUUUGGUCUAUGCAAGGCCUAUGCUCUAUACGACGAGGCUGUGGGAUAUGCUCAAGGGAUGAACUUCAUUGUCAUGCCGCUGUUGUUCAAUAUGGACGAGGCCGAGGCCUUUACCCUAAUGGUCAAGCUCAUGAACCAAUACGGUCUGCGGGAAAUGUUCAUUCAGGAUAUGCCUGGUUUACACCGCAGCUUAUACGUCUUUGAACGACUGCUUGAGGAUCUUGAGCCCGCCCUUUAUUGCCAUUUAAGGCGGCGAGGAGUCCACCCCCAACUCUACGCUACUCAAUGGUUUUUGACCUUGUUUGCUUACCGAUUCCCGUUGCAACUUGUGCUUCGAAUUUACGAUCUCAUCCUUGAAGAAGGAUUGGAGAGUACUAUCUUGAAGUUUUCACUUGCGAUUAUGCGGCGCAACGCAGACGCUCUUCUGGCGAUGAAGGACAUGACACCAUUGACGACAUUUUUGAAGGAUCGGUUGUUCGAUGUAUAUAUCGAUAAGCAGCCCACCCCAUCGUCUAUCCUCGAGUCUGGGUUCUUUGGGUCAUCAGGUGCUGCCGACAAGGAGAUUUACCGUGCCGACAUCAUGGUCCAUGAUGCUUGUGAUAUCCUUCUAGACCAAGCGACUAUAAGCGCGUACACUGCUGAAUGGGAAGAGAAGGAGCGCGCCGAGAGAGAGCGUGAAGCCGAAUUGAGCCAGCUGAGGCAUACCGUCUCUGUGCAGAGUGCUCGCAUCCGUGCGUUGGAGGAGCAGAACGAAGCAUCGGAUAAGGAACAUGUUCAGCUUGCUUCAGAGGUUGUCCACCUGAAGGUCGAAAACGAGGAGCUUUCGGACCUGAAUGAUGCACUGAAAAUGCAGGUAAAAGAACUCAAGAUUGUGGUGGAUAAACAGCCCGCGGAAGUCGAACAGAAACUUCAGACGGAAAUGGACCGCAUCAUGCAACGUAAUCUCGAGGUACAAAAUGAGAACCGCGCCAUGGUGGAACAAAUGGCCGAGAUGGAAAAGGAGCUUGUGACGGCUAAGCUCAGUUACGCGGAGAUACACGAGCAAUACGAAGCUCAAAAGCAGAAGUGGAACGACAUUCGCAAGGCUCUUGAUUAG